GACUGGUGUUUCGUUGUACAAAGUACACGCCAUGCGGCGUGCCAGCUGCGAUCCCAUCCCCAGGCUUCAUGCACCGCGCCCUUCUUGGGGCCAAGGAUACCAGAAAGAGAAAGUAAAAGGGAAACAACGUCCCUUUGCCAUCCAGGCGCACGGCGCUCAGGCCCGGGGCAGACGGAGCAGAGCGACCGCCGCCCCCGGGCUGGGUCGGCCGCGGGCCAUGGCGUGGGCAGGGGGCUCCGCUGGGCAGCGGUGGCUGCUGCUCCUGGGUCUCGGCGGCCUGCUCCAGCUGGCAGAAACUCUUCAAGUGCUGAUGGGAAGCACCCCACAAAUAGUGUCACUGAAUGAUAACAUCUCCAUACCAUGCAAUCUCUCUGGGUACAAUACAGCAGAACUGGAUCUCAAGAAUGUGGGAGUUACCUGGUAUCUUAAGACUCCGAGAGCAGACCAAAAAGAGGAAGUAUUCACAUUUCUUAUUGGAGACCAUACUCCCCAUAGAAAUGGGGCCAGUAUGUCUGACAGUGACCUGAGAAGAGGAAAUGCUGCACUCUCUCUCCCACAGAUUCAGUUUAAGGAAGCGGGAACAUAUACCUGCCAAGUUACCGUCACCCCUUUUGAUGCUCAGGGAACAGCUGUUUUAGAGGUAGUUGCUCAACCAACUGUCAGCCUGUCUCCAAAGGAAGUUACAAUAGAAAGCGACAAGGAGAAGACUCUGUCAUGUGAAGUCAAUAAGUUCUAUCCAAAUUCGGUUGACAUUAAGUGGAUGAAGAUUUCAAAGAAUAAUCAGGAUAGUAGCGUAACAGCAGAGGAUAUCUGCACAGGAGCCUCUGUAGAAAAUGAAGAUGGCACAUUUAAUGUCACUAGUAAAUUAAGGCUGCAACCGUCUUUGCAAGAUAAUGGAAAUGUCUAUAGAUGUAUUGUGAGUCACAAAACAUUUUCUGCCAAGUUACUUCUCAAUAGCAUCUUGACUGUCACAGCCCCCAGGUCCGAUUCAAGCAUUUUAAUUGGAGCUGUCAUUGGAACAAUAAUAGCCUGUAUUAUUGUGCUCGGUUUGGGAGUUUUCGUGUACAAUAAGUGUUUUAAGAAAAUUCCACCAACAAUAAUGGUAUUCAUAGGGAAUGUGGAAAUGAAGCACUUAGAAGACACUUCUUUGUAUUGUCAAUUUUCUGGCUUUCGUCCAAAACCUAUAACUGUAGCUUUUUUUCUGAAAAAGUAUCUACAAAAAGAAAAGGAGAAAAUUUACUGUUGGAACAGUGAAAAGGAUGACAUCCAGCAAGAUGGGGAAAGUGCUGCUCUCCUGACUAAGUCAAAGAAUUUUCAGUUUCAGAUAUACUUGAAGUCACUAGAUAAUGGCACUUAUGAAGUUCCAUGCAUCAUUCAUAUAUCUCCAAACGUGCAUGAGCUAGAUAAGGCAGAGCUUUCUCUUGAAAUCAUACACGAGGCCCUUCAGCAACAUCCUGCUAUUGAAACAACAACACUGAAGGUCAUAGCCAUGCCAGUAUUGGAUCCAAUCCUGUGUUCUACAGAUGUGCCAAGACCAGAUGAGCCUAUAACUUUGACUUGCAGAAUUCAUUCUUUUUACCCUGAAACAAUUGAAUUGGCUUGGUAUAAAGAUGAUGACGGAGUGCCAGAGAAACCCUUCAUUAGUGACGUGACAAUUGGACCACAUGGACUUUUCUUCUGCACCAGUAGCUUAAUAUUACAUCUUGCAGUUGAGGAUAUUGGAAGCAGAUUCAUCUGCAAAGCUAAACUUAAAGGCUCACACCAGUAUAAAGAAUCUUCUUGGGAGCUGGAAAAUUUGAUAUUUACUCCAAAAGUCUCAAAUAUUGUAUGUGAGCCCAGUAUCCCUGAGAGUGGUAAGGCCGUCACAUUAUCUUGCCAGGUGACAGAUUACCACCCAGCACAGUGUCAAGUGCGCUGGUUGAGAGGCUUUGAAGAACUCACCGAGGCUGCAAUUAAAACCCAGGACCCUCAACUUGAUACAGCAACAAAUCUGUACCACAGAGGAAGCCAGGUGACAUUUACACCUGAACCUGAGGACCAUGCAGUAGAGUUCACUACUGAAGUCAUCCAUUGCAACAGAACUACAAAGAAGUCCUAUCCUCUCAUGUUAAAAGAUUUCCCAAGAAUUACAAGUAUUGUUCUUAGUCCAAAUGAUGUGGAGUAUGGAAAACCCCUUUCUCUGACCUGCGAAAUCAUGGAUUUCUUUCCCAACGAUAUUCAAGUCCAUUGGUUUCAGGAGAAAGAUGUAAUCAAGGAGGGUUCAUCAGUACAAGAGCCAAAGCAGGAUAACAGGGGCCUUUUCUAUACGUCUUCUGGUCUUCAGCUAAUACCCUCUGCUCAAGAUUAUGGCAGAAAGAUUGGUAUAAUGGUGAUGCACAAGACUCUGACAAAGCCCAUUACAAAAAAUGUGUAUCUAAAACUCCCAGCAAAGUCUCCUGCCAUUUCUGAGAUUAGAGCAACACCCGCAUCACCCAAGGUCAAUGAGACUGUCUGUCUUGAAGUUUCCAUAUCAGAUUUUGCACCGGAAAAUAUAAAAGUUGCAUGGUAUAAAGACUGGUUAGAGUUACCUAAAGACAAUCAUAACAUAGAUACCCAAAUUGGAAAAAAUCAUUUAUGUUUCUCUACAUUGAAAACACAAUUUACUGCUAAUGCAUCUGAUAAUGGAAAAACAUUCAGAUGUGAGGUUAUUCAUCCAGCAACAAACUCCUGCACAGAUAAAACAUUUAUAUUGAAACUCAAUGAUUUUUCUACCAGCACUGGAGAUAUAUCCACUCUGACUGGAAAUCAGAACCACACGUUGAGCCCUAGACUCAUCAAUCAGGAGAUUAACACCCUGAAGAUAGAGUGCAUUACUAGCAACCCAAAGGCUGGUGAGGAUGUGACACUUCGCUGUUUUGUACAUGCACGGACUAUGGAGAGUACCUAUGUUUCUUGGUUUAAGGGAAAAUACCCCAUUGAAGAUGGAAUAGAGAACACAGACUGUGAGGAUGAGUCUGGUUUUAUUACUUCUGUAACUUUUAAACCUGAAGAACAGGACAAAGAAUGCAAGAUCAGAUGUGAGGUUUCUACCGAUGAGGAAUCUUUUGAGGAUUCAUACAUUUUAAAACUUGCAUAAUCUCCCUUCAGUGAAGAAUAUGGCCAUCAAACAGCAACUCUAUUUCAGUGUUUCAAGGGUUCAGUGAACAAUUACUCCAUUUUUAAAAAAAACCUCUUUCAGGAAUUAAAACUUUAUUAACGUAUUGUGACAAAGCUCUGUCCUAGCCUCCGUGGGUUCCGCUUUUCCUGGCGGAUUUCGCUAGCCUCAGAGGCUCAUUGUGACCCUCCAUGUAACCCUUCUUUCUCUAGAGACAAGGGUCACAGUCUACUGAGCCAUUUUCAUCAUAAGCCUGCGAGGGAGGUGAGGAGAAGUUAUCCUUCCUUGCACAGUCUCUGUUGUCUCCCAGUCUCAGUGAUUAAUCAGGGUGCAAAGGUGGGGGGGGGAGGAGCCCGGGCCCACCCUCUACUCCGGGCUGCAGCCCAGGGAUCCUAAUAGUAUCAGCUAUGGUAGCUGACCUUUUAGAAACAUGACAUGUACAAUUCCCUGGGCUACUUCCCCACAGCAGCCCUCACUUCCUCAAGCUCCACUUCACCCUUACCUCAGGGCCUCCUUCCUUGUGCCUGAUAUGGUGUGUACUACUCAGCCUCUCCAACAGCACAACUUCCUCCCACAGCUCCUGACAUGCACACCCACCUGACUAACUGGGAGGCUUUUAACUAGUUUCAGCCAGCCCCUGAGUGACUUCAGGUGUCCCAAUCAACCUAGCCUUCUCCCUGCCUUCUGGAAAGUCCUUAAUUGGCCCCAGGUGUCUUAAUUGACCUGGAGCAGCUGUCAUUUCACUUAUCCUGGUACCAGGGAUUUGUUUAGCCUGGAGCUAAUAUAUCUAUCUCCCACUACUUUUCUAUAGCCAUCUGGCCUUGACCUGUCACAGUAUACAAAUACACUACUCAGGAGAACCAGGGUUUGAGAAAAUAUGCACUAUUCAGGACCCAAGUUCUUCCGCAGGAUUGAAGUUGUCUAGACCAUUUUUCCUCCAUCUCGAGUAUUUUUUACUUGGAUUUCUUGGCCAGAGACUGUAAUGAUCCUAUGAUAAAAGAACUAAGGAAAAUGGUUUUAACACCCAACAGAGUGAAUCCUUAAUUAAAAUGCAUAUUCACCAAGA